AUGGGCGACCGCCAGCUGGACGAAGUCGCUGCUCGAGGCCCGCGGGUGCGUGUCACGCGCGCAUUCUCGCAGCUGGAGGACCCGGAAACGCUGCAGAAGCUCCAGGAAGUGCUCGUGUCGACCAAUGCCGUCGACGCGCUCGGCAUGCUGGCGCCUGCUCUAGUGGUACCGCCCACGUCUCCAGCUUCAUUGCGUCGUCUGACUCAAGCACACGCAGCAGGUUACAGACAGACGAUCCACUACAGCAGUGGCAACAGCAGCGGGGUCACGACCAGUCCUCGGGCAAAAGCUGCGGCGUGGAGGCUCCCCCCACGUGCUUCUGGUGGCAGUGCUGGACGAGAAGGUCCAGCGCCUCGUCGAGUCUCGGUCGAGUGGGCAGAUGCGGCUGCACGACUAAGUCGACGAGUGCAGGAGCUCGAGCUGGAGAAUUUCCAGCUUAAGAACGGCAAAAGUGCUGUGCAGGUGCUUGCAAGUGGCGGGCUGGUUGAUGCCAAGCAGCCACGAGCGAGAUUGAAUAAGUCGCAGAGCUGUGCCAAUGGCUUUGAGGCCAUGGGACUCACAGUGGCCGAAGCUGCGGCGGCAUCCCAUCGCACACGCACAAGGCGGUUGGCAACAGCUGCUGGUGCAACUGAAGCUGCAGGUAGACUGCGCUCGGGAUACUGGAAUGGAGCAAAUAAUGUCAAGAGCAGCUUUAGCUGUAACAAUCUGUCGGAUCUCGAGCAGCCCGAGUUUCUGCUGGAGAAAUUACGUGCGGCACCCUCUUGUGCUGCUGCUGCUGUUGCAUUCUGCACCACUAACGGUAGUAACGAGGGGGGAAAUAUAGCCUCGUCGGCGUCAGCUACUGCACAAAGUUCGCACGAAGCUUCGCGCACGAGUGACUCAUUUCAGCGCACGUGCUCUGAAACAGAAGAAGUCGUUACUAGCACGGGAUCGCAGCAUUUCGCACUCCACGAUUUGCAGAAAGGAUCAGGUGCUGGAGCUCCGCAAAGCUCUUUGUUUGUCGACUCGACCUCGGACAGAAGUUUUGACAAGAUUGAUAGUCGCAUUACAUCGCCACGUUCGUACUUUGAGGCAGGACUGCGGACAAGUAACUUCUCCGCUGGAGCAACAGCACCGCCAGCAUUGAGUCCGGGACAACGGAUCAAUGAGCGGGAUGUACGCAUGUGGGUGGGGACGUGGAACAUGGGUGCAGCAGACCCAUUUGAUGACGGGAAAGGCAUUAUUGAUGAGCAGCGCUCGGCAACAAUGCUGCAUAACUUCUUGCCGCAUGGCUAUCAGCUGUAUGUGCUUGGAGUACAGGAGGGCGUGUCGGAAAACGUCUAUCACGCCGUGGAGGCGUAUUUGAACCGCAACGCGCACGGAACGCGCUAUUAUCGAAUGGAGCUCAAGAAUGGCAACUUUAUGGCGAACCACAAGAACCAACCGCCCGACGCAACUAUCGAUGCAGUGCACGGUCGUGGCGACGGAGCCUUUGUUGGUACUAAAUUCACGGGUAUGGCUGUGUUUUAUUGUGCUGACAUUGAGGAGAAGAUCAAGCUGAUUCGAGCAGGUGUGCACAAGUUCAAGCUUACAAGUGGAUCAAAGGGUGGUGUUGCUGUAGCACUCAGGAUCAACCAUACGACGGUUGUGUUUGUAAAUUGCCAUUUGGAUGCACGGAAUGAUACGUACCGUCGCGAACAGAUUCGGAACCUGAAUGCCAGUCUUGGCCGUAUAAUGGGUCAUUCUGGCUUUGACCUCACGGAGCAGUUCCACCACGUGGUGUGGAUGGGCGAUAUGAACUAUCGUAUCGUUUUAUUGGAUCCGCAGAUGGUACUCCACAUGCUUGAAGAAGGCCGCAAUCUUGAGCUGCACGAUAAGUUUGAUGGUCUGUUGAAUGACCGUCGUAAUGGUGGUGUCUUUGAAGGGUUCACGGAGCCGCAUAAAUUCCCAGACUUUUACCCGACGUACAAGAAGUUCCCGAAGCGUGGUCCUGUGAACGAGAAGCUUCCGUUGUGGCCAUCGUUAGUUUGGCGUGUGUUAUACAAGGAGCCAUUUUAUAAGGGAGGUAAGGUGAAAAAGCGUGUGCCUGGAUGGUGCGAUCGCAUCUUGAUUCACUCACUCCUCGUUAGCGACUCAAAAUUGAUCCCGGAAAAGGUGCCAGAUCCGACUUCUACGGAGUCUUCUUUGCGGUUUAUCGACAACUAUCGUUCCGUGAACCAUGGUGAUGGAAUGGAUGUCAGUGACCAUAGCCCCGUGUACGGUACUUUUGUACUAGGUUUCCCGCGGCCCGACAAGGAUGCAUUGACAUCAGGGUCUCCCCGACAGCUGGCACAUCGUAGCGCCCGGUCCCUUUCCACGGUUGGCCAAACUGCCGGAGACAGAUAUUCGAACUCGGUGGGUGGCAGCUACUUCGACCAGGCUCGCGUAGUUCGACAGAUGAACGCACAAAAGCGACUUGUGUCGACGGUUUUGCGGGUAUUUAAUAUGGAGCUUAGCUGGAAUGGCAACGUGGUGGUGCCGAAGAAGACGCGCAUAGUGGCGCCAUUAGUCGGAGAGGAUGCAAAGCAGUGUGACGUCAUUGGUGAGCGAUGUCAAGGCUCCAACGGUCUGAAUCUAUCGCUCAACGCGGUGAUACAACACGCUCGACCGCUUGAGCAGCUGCAUAUGCUGGUAUGGGUGAGAAACGAAUCAAUCAACGGUCACUGCACGCUCUCACUGAAGCGUAUCGCUCGUCAAGAAGAGGGAGGCGAGGUCAAGUACCGCGUACCGCUUUACAACGAUUCAAUGCGCGUGCAUCUUGACGGACAUCCUUUGCUCGUUGUUUUCUCAGUGCGAAGCAAAACAUUCGCCAAGUGA